UUCGCAAAAGUGCCGUCGUCGCGAGUGGUUGAUUGCCUCGCUCUCGCCCCGUCUCUUUCUGCAACUCUGCAGCCGACUCUUUCAUCUGCAGCCCCCUCCGAAAAAAGUCCUUCGAUCGAUCCAGCGCGCACUGACCUCCACUAAAUCGUUUUAAAUACCCGACAAACGGUCAGAUUUCGGAGUGAUUUAGCGAUUUUGGCUGUCGCUGAGCUUAGUUUAUUUAUUUGUAUAUAAAAAUUCAUUUCGGCUAUGGACAUAAACCAGAAGAUCGUUAUGCUCCAGAGACGAUGAUCUAUCUAUAUGGGUGCCGUGUGUGCUUGUUGUUGCUGGCUGCUUAAUUGUGCGCUGGCGUUUAAAUAAAAAUAAGUGCGUUUAAAUGUGAAAACAAAAGACUGGCAUUAUAUGUACAUAUUGGCAAUCCAGAACAGCAACCGUCUGUUGUCGGCCAAUAAAUUUGAUUUCAAGCACCAUUUCGCCUUAUCUCGAGUGCCGAUCAAUCUAUAAGGAAGAACUUAGGCAACAAACUAAAGUUAAGUAAAAUAAAACAAACAGAAAAAUAGAAAACCAAAUGAGAUAGAGUGAGUGCAAAAAGUGGCCCACAACAAAUGAGUUGUAAUGCAAUGCCUGGGCAAUUAAUUAGUGCAUAAACAGUUAAAUUAACUGCUGUAAAAGUGCAGAGCCGCACACACGAUCGUGCCUCUCUCUCGAGAAAUCGCGGCUCCUGAGUUUUCCACCCUCGAUUUUCGCAGCUGGAAAAUGUAACUCCGAGCCUCAAAAAGAAAAAAAAGAAGCACAAAAUUAUGACGCAAAGUACCGAAAUCGGUCCGAAGCCUGAGGAAUAAUAUAUUUGCAAUUUAUGCAACAAUCGUCGCUUGGUUGUUGCACCAACAAAGAGCGAUUAGUCUACUCGGAGCAUUACAAUAGCCAGCUGAAAAGUCCCAGAAAACGACAUCGUCAACGCAUCGUUAUGACUGUCUCAGCAAUUGGAUCUAAUCGGCACCGUCGUUUGGCUUUAAUUGUUUUGACCACCUUGUGGCUGCUAAUCGAUGCCACCGCUGCCUCCUCCGCCUCCUCCACAGCAAGUCCGAAAUCCGUCAGCAUUGAGCUGCGUCGAAAGAGGAGCUUCCACUAUAAUGGCAUUGAGCUGGACGAGAACACUCUGGUGGGCCAUCUGAGGGAGCACGAGCGGGCCCUGAUCUUUGGCUCACGAUCUCCGGAAGAGGCGCCCGAAUUCAAACUCGUGCACUUGGCACAACAACAGCAGGAGGAAAUUCCCCCAGAUGGAGUACAGGUGACGGACGAGGUGGAGGAAGAGAGGAACCCCCAAAAGCAACGUCAACGCCGCAGCCUGCCUGUCGAAGAUGACGAGCCACCGCUACCGCCACCAGCCGAGGAGGGUGAGGAGGCAGUGGAGGCCCGGUUGCAGCUGCAACAGUCGCCGCAGCUGAUCGACGAUGCCUUCAUCUUCAUCCGCCGCACCGAGAAUGGAACGCAGUUCGUGGAGCACUCCCCGCAGCUUCUCAAACGCCUGGAAAGAUGCUUCUACCGGAGUCCAGCCGCUGCUCUCGAUCUCUGCGAGCACGGCAAUGUGCGCGGCGUGUUCCAGCAGAAUGGCAGUGACCUGGUGAUCCAUCCGCUACCCUCCCGCUUCGGCACCGGGACGCAUGUGCUCUACCAAGCGAGAGUGGACAAAAGCGGCUACAGUGGGACGUCGUCAAGGCGAACGGCGCAACCGUUAGACAGCCAGCUGCAGUUCGAGCCCGAUGCGGAGGAGUUCAACGAACCGAGGAGGCGAUUGCGGGCCCAGACUCAGGCUCAGUCCCCGUUGAGAUUGCGCUUCCAGCCAAGACAUCAUCAUCAUCAUCAUCACCGCAACAAUUAUCGAAGAAGCCGUCGCUAUAUUGGGAAUCCUCCGCGCUCCCGCUGGUCGGAUAUUCCGGAGGAGCUCUUCAUUGAAACAGCCAUCUUUGUGGACAGCGAUCUCUAUGCCCAUAUGCAGAGGAACUUUCCCACGAACACGGACAGCAAGGUGGUCAGUUUUCUGCUGGCCAUGAUCAAUGGCGUCCAGUUGCUAUAUCAUCAUCCCACACUGGGUCGUAGGAUUAACUUUGUCCUAAAGCGUCUGGAAAUCUGGAAGUCCUGGGAUCCACCGGGCCUGGUCCGUUCCAGGGAUGUGGAGAAUUACCUAAAUAGCUUCUGCAAAUGGCAGGAGAAACUGAAUCCCUUCUCUGAUGCAGAUCCCCUGCAUUACGACCAUGCUUUGGUUUUGACCGGUCUAGAUCUGGUGACCUAUGAAAAAGGCAAGUCCAACAGCCAGGUUGUGGGCAUGGCCACGGUUAAGGGAAUGUGUACUUCUAUAUAUUCCUGUACGAUCAACGAGGCCAAGCACUUUGAGAGCGUCUUUGUAGUGGCUCACGAAAUCGGUCAUAAUUUGGGAAUGAGACACGAUGCCAAGGAGAUUAGCUGUGAUCCCACGAUGCACAUCAUGUCUCCCAAGUUGGGCAGUGGCAAGGUCACCUGGUCCAAGUGCUCCAGAACCUAUCUUGAGGAUUUCUUAAUGGACCCUCAGGCGGAGUGCCUUUUCGACCGUGACCAGUUCGAUGGUAACUGGGAUCAUACUGCUGGUGGCCGUCUUCCUGGUGAACGCUUCAAUGCCAACCAGCAGUGCAUGUUGCGUUUCGGUAAGAACUUCAUGCAGGCCAGCACCCAAAGCAAGAUGGAAAUCUGUCGGGAUCUCCACUGUCGGCAGGAUGGAUUGCCCUGGACUUCGCAUCCUGCCCUCGAGGGCACCGAGUGUGGGGCUAACAUGUGGUGCCGCGGUGGCUCCUGUGAGGCUCGUUCCUCCAAGCAGGGAAGCUAUUUGGCACUUAAGUCAUGGCAAUCUGAAAACGUUCCCGAAGCCACCCACGAGAAGAUCGUCAGACAUGAACCCAACCGGAUACCGCCACUACUGCACGACUACAAUCCUGUGGGAAAUGAGCUGCCUGGAUCGCCUUCAAAUUGGGGCGAAUGGAGUGAACCAAGUGCCUGUGAAUCCGGAUGCUUGUACGGCCUGUCGCGACGGCUACUGGAGGGCAGCACAGGACUUCGAACCUUCAACAGGAGCUGUUUGAACUUUCCAUCGCGUUGUAUGGGCAGGGAUCGGCGAUUUGUGACCUGCAACUCGCACCAAUGCCACAAGGUGCCGGUGCAGACCAUAGGGGACUUUGCCAGCCAGGUGUGCAUGCAGGCGAGGAAAUCUGAUCCAGAUCUCACAGGUGAGGGUCAGCAGUUGAGUAGCACGCUGGAUGCUUCUUGUAAGAUCUUCUGCCGCACUAAAAAUAAUGGCACCAAGUCCCGGCGUUGGACAUUUCCCGAUGGCACAACCUGCCAAUCGAAGCAGCACAAGCCGGAGGAUAUUUCCUACUGCAUUUCCGGGCGAUGUGAACGCUUUUCCUGCGAUAACUCUACCUCGAACUUCUUCAAGAUGGACAAUAGCUUCUGUCAGGCGAGAUCAGUGCGCCCGACCAGAGAUUCUUCCGAUCAGGAAAGCAGGCAGCAGACCACCACCAAUCAGCGAUAUGCAGAAAGGCAGGAGGGAAAUUCGAUAAAAAAUCUUUUUGAAAAUGAAGUGGCCAAACGUCCUUCUUAUGGCCAAGGCAACCAUAUCAAUGCCCCUCCAUCACCUUAUAGGAGGAGGACCUACCACAAGUCCUAUCCACCAGAGAUAUCGCGGCCUCCCCCGCCGGCUUCUGCAUCACUGAUCGCUCUGGAUCGCAGCUCAUCCGCUGAAUCAGAGUGGGUAGUGCAUCCGGGUUGUCAUUCCAACUGCAUGAAAGAUUCAAAGGGUGUGCAGGGUGUGACCUCGCGGCUAACUGGUAUAGAGAGCAUCCAACUCUGCUCAUAUCGCAUUCAACCCUGUGAACGUUUGCAAACGGCGGCUGAGUUUGCAGAGCAGACCUGCGCCAGAUAUCGCCAGAAGGUGCGAGGGCUAUCCGGACAUGGAGCUCAGAUCUCGGCCAGCAUCGAUGAGCCGGAUCGGAGUUGCCGCGUGGGCUGCCAAGAUGAGUACAUUAAGUAUAGAUAUUACCUGGUAAAUGGCCGGAAUGGACACUUUCCUCCGGGCACUCGCUGUUCGCCGGUGGGCAAGCGUUAUUGCGUAUACGGCAAGUGCCUGGAAUUUGGCGACGAUGAUUUGCCGGUGGACAAGACCCACAUUAGCUUGGGUCAACUGAGGACACGCCGAAAAAGGAGUUUGCCUUCCAAUGAUUUAUCAAACUUAACGGAGAUUUAUAGUACUGCAAACCUUAAAGAAACAUUAUCAGAUGUCUCCGACGAAAACAUCGAAUUCACCCAACCCAUUCACGUCUCCGCAGACGAACUGAGUAGCAAAAGCCAAUAGCCCAAUAGCUUCCUGGCCACAUUUCCCUUAGUCGAUUAAGUCCUAAGCUAGCAUAAGCUCAAGGCUGCCCAAAAAACUGCCCAAGAAGUAUAUAUGAAAUAAUAAAAUGUAAGAAAUAU